AUUUCAACGUAAAAUAUAUCGAUUAAUUUAAAAAAAAGGAAUAUUAUGCAAAAAUUCCAUAUUCUCACACUUCACUUGACAUUCCACAAUAGACCACGUGAUCAUGAUUCAUUGUUUCAUCUCCAAGCCACCCCUGUGCAUACGUACAUUCACUACUACUUUCCAUCUCUUAAAGUUGUCACUUUCACUUCGUCAACACAUCAAACAACCCCUAUUUUCUUCUUUAUCACAACCUUCCAACUUUACCACCUUCCAUCGUUCUUUCUUCCCAAACAUUGCUUCCUCCAUCCAACAUUUUAUGUAUUUCUGACACCCUUUUCCGUUUUAUGUUUGCUUCCCCAAAAUCCACACUAAUUGCAAUCUCAUCCUUCUCAAACUUUUUAUUUAUUUAUUUAUUUAUAAAAUGGGAAGCUGUUUAAGCUCCACCGAAAAACUAACGGCAGAGAUUUUACCCAACGACGGAGCCACUGCGUACCCCACCGUCCGGUUACACGGCACACCGGAUAGUAUUAUCUCUACAUACAUUCGCUUCGCUCUUCUCCAAAAUAAUGCUUCGUCAGACUUUGUUCCACCUCCUAAGCCGUCGCCGGCACCACCGCAUGAGACGGCGCGUGCGGUAAGAUCCAACUGGGAGAGCCUGAUUACAGUCCCAAUGAGGUCCGAGAUUGAGUUAGGCUCCCGCGACGCGCUUCUACGGUUUAUUGACUCGCGGUUUCCGGAUCUAUCGGUGGAGGCACCGUCCGCAGCGCCGGCGAGUGGUGGUGAGAGUGAGGAUGGAAGGAUUUCGUUGAUGGUAAAGGUAGUGGGGCUGCAGCAUAAGAGCGUGACGUGGCACGUGGAGAGGUUGGUGAGAUGGGCGGAAGAUCUGGCAACACGUGGAGGGAGGAAAGCCGUUGAUCCGAAGAUGGGGAGUUGGAAGAUGGAGGUGAUGAAAUUCGGAAAGAGCUACUCUCAGUUGCUGGAAGUGAUGAUGGAGCAUGCUCAAAUGGAAGAGAGAGUUCUCUUCCCCAUUUUUGAUAGUGCUGAUCGAGGGCUAUCUAAGGUUGCAAAGGAGGAGCAUGCUCGGGACUUGCCUAUCAUGAAUGGCAUCAAAGAAAUUAUCAAAUCUGUUGAGGUUUUAGACUCAGGAUGCCCUCAUUAUCGAGAGACUUUGUACAAUCUUUCUACUAGGCUCAAUUUAUUUGAGGAACAAUGCAAACAACACUUCAUGGAAGAGGAUUUGGAAUUACUUCCAUUAAUGGAGGCAGUGGGGUUGAGCAAUGAGGAAGAUGAAAGAGCACUAGAGCAAUGCUUUAAUGUGAUGCAAGCAACACAUAGUCGGUUGUUAAAGUUCCUUGUUGAAGGGCUCUCACCUAAUGAUGGUAUGAAGUACUUGGACUUGAUCAGCAAGUGUAGGGACAUAGAGAGAAUGGAAUCAAUGCUUCGAAUGAUAAUUGAAUGAUAUAUAUAUUCUUCACAUGGCCAUGGGUCCAACUAUAACACUCACAAGGAUUAAUUGUGAAGCUUACAUAUAGCCAACACAAAAAGUUCAAAAUUUGGUAUUCCUUUUAUAAGGCUAUUUUCCAAGUAAAACGCCCAGGCCAAGCAAUGUGUAAACUUUUACUUUUUUCAUAUUUUUCUUCUUCUUUUUGAAGUAGUAUAAGAGAGGCAUUAAAAAGGAAAUACAAGAAUUGUAAGGGUGGCAAACAAAUUCAUUUAUCUAAAAUCAUCCACUACAAAAAUAGAAAACCAAAGAUUCGGACAUUUAAUUUUA